AUGGAGCCGCAGUCCCCAGCCGUACUUCCAUCCGGCGCAGCCGCCGGCCGCCUCGCCGCGCACAGCCUCGCGCUCACGCACUUCUUCAACGCGCUGCGCGAAAAGCACCAGAAGGCGUCUCAACAAUCAACCACCACCGCUACCGCCGUAACCAACCUCUGCGCGCAGGUGAACGCGAUAAGCGCGUCGCUCCAUCAGCUCCAGGCCCUGCUUCUCCGCGAUGGCGACGACGCCAGCGCUCAAUCCGACUCGCCGCAACAGCAGCAGUUGCGCGCCGCGCUGGAUGCGGCGCUGACGGCGUGCGCUUUCGGAUUCGCGUGCUUGGAUGCAGAGAUCCAGCAUUUGGCGCCGUCGCCUGCGUCCGCCGGCGGCAGCAGCAGCCCGCCCGCCACUUCCGAUGCGUCCAGGUGGCGCGCGAGGCGGGCGUCGCGUGGCCCGCAGUGGAGGGAGGACCCGAUGAAAGAGCUUCUGCGGUACCUGGGCGGGGUGCGGAGGGCGCUGGGGUCACUUGUCAGAGCGCUUUUGGUGCGAGAGUCCAAGGAACGAUUCCGGUUGCUUAACGAGGAUGCGGAGUUGUUCAGGCUGGUAGGGCAGAAGUCGAAGGCGCUGAAGGCGGCAUGGCCGGCGGUCAAGGUGCCGGAGUCAGUGAACGGUAGUGAGGAGGGCAAGAGGAGUUUUGUCGAUGUCGUGAUUAACUCGCCGGCGUACCGAGAUGCUAUGGCUGCCGUGGCUAAGAAGGACGCCGCUGUGCAGCCUGACGCAGGAGCUCCUGAGCAGACAAACGUGCCAAAUGUUGAAAAUGCAGUUGAAAAUGCAGUAGAGAAUGGGGAGCCCGGUCCAAGUGCUGGUCAGCCAGCGCCGGAAACUAACCAAGAAGCAGAUGGAACUGUACAAGAGAACGGCGAGCCGAGCAGAUUGCAAGAGGGGGAAACAGUAGCAGAACAAGCGUUGUCAAACAAGUCUCAAAAAUCAGCUGAGAAGGAAAAUUCCAAGUCGGGUAAGGAGGAAGAAGCGCCUCCAUUGCCACCGCGGAAGCAGAGUACUGAAGAGACGGAAGAGGAGGAAGCACCACCUUUACCACCUAGGAGGCCUACAGUGACUGAACCAGCAGUUGCGUCUCCGUCCACGGCUAACGAGUCCACCGCCGCCAAUGAACCCGCAGCGAAUGAAUCCAAUGACACCGAGGCUGCGACUACGAAUGAGCCAGGCAGCUCUGCACCGCAAAUCCCCCCACUUACAUUCGAAUCUACCGCUGAGCCUGCCACUGAGCCUACCGCUGAGCCUACCACUGAGCCAGCCACCGAAUCUUCUACCGAGCCUACCGCCGAACCCACCACUGAGCCUGCUGUUGAGCCUGCUGUUGAGCCUGCUGCUGAGCCUGCUACUGAGCCGGCCACUAAGCCGGCCACUGAGCCAGCCACUGCGCCCGUGGCUGAGCCUAUCACUGAACCUCCCACCGAACCCAUCACCGAGCCCGCCAACCCAGCCUCGCCUCCGCACGAUGCUGACCAAACGCCCACCACCACCGCCGACCUCGCCGACCCCGCCUCCACCCCGGACGUCGCCCUCUCCCCGCACGACCUCCAAAUCCACCACUUCUGGCAAACCCUCCUCAUCACCGAACUCCGCUACAUCUCCACCCUCACCGCCCUCAGCCGCACGCUGCACGCCGACUCUCCGCUUCGCAAAUCCUGGCCCUCGCUCGCCAAGCACCUCGACGGCAGCCUGCCCUCACACGUCGACGAGCUCGCCGCGCUGCACGCCCGCUACCUGCUCCAGCCGCUCGCCCUGCAGCUCGCCAGCGUCGUCAAGACGGACCUGCUGCUUCCCGUCUUCCGCAUCUGGUGCCGGAGGGCGGGGAAGGCGUAUCAGGCUUUCUGCCGCCGCUAUCCGCACGCGGUGACGGCGGUGCGGGCGACGGCGGAGGGGGAUAAGGGGUUCAGGCGGUUCGUGGCGGGGCUGCAGGAGGAGGAGGACGGUGCGGAAGGAGGGUUGGAGGGCAUGUUGGGGGCGCCGGUGCGGAGGCUGGGGUUCUAUUGCGAGGCGCUUGAGGUCGUGGUGGCGCUGGAGCGGGAUGCGGUGGGGGGCGAGGAUGGCGAGGGGGGCGGUGGUGGUGGGUUCCGGCCGACGAAGGUCGGCGAGUAUAGGAGGAUGUUGGUACGGCUGAGGGAGUCGUGUGAGGGGCUGAUGAAGGCCGCCGAGGACGCCGAGGACCUGCGCCAUAUCCACCGGAGGAUAGAGACCAUCAACUACCAUCAUGUUGAGCCGCUGGAUAUCCUCAAUCCGUCGAGGAGAAUUGUUUAUCAGGGGCCGUUGGCCUGCAAGACGAAAGGAAAGGGUCUGUGGAAUCAGGUCCACUGCGUGUUGCUCGAUAACUACUUCUUCUGGGGGCGAGUAGAGCGGCCGCGGGAGAUGUGGUUCGGAAAGUACAAGUAUGGUGAGAAGCUGUGGGUAUUGGAAGCACCGAUGCCCAUUCAACAGCUUGAAUGUUCAUUCGAGGAUACUUCAAAAGAUAACCGGGAUUCUGGCUGGGUUGCGUUUCUUUCCAUUGGCUAG